AACACAAAAUCACAUUACAUCUUAAUAACUUCAAAGGGAAAUUCAUAAAAAAGAACAUGCGUCGUAGGGUUUUAUAAACGACCAAAAACAAAUAAAAGACGCACUUGCGCCAGUAAACAUCCCAAGGAAAAAAUAAGGGAGCAGCCAGCAGACGAAGUCCCGAGGAGCGAGCGAGCGGGUCUGCGGCGAGGACAAAGUGUGAUCCUCAUUUAUUGAAAACAGGCAGCUUGAAUGAGAGAAAAUGUAUGACACUGACUGAGAAAAAAGAAAACAUAGACUUAAUUAAGCAUAUGUGUAUCAAUCAGAUAAAGGAGAUCUUUCUGGAGCACAGAAAGACAUCAUAAAUGGAUCUCAAGACUGCCAGUUCUAGAUAUGUCCGUAUAUCACGACGAAAUAGAGAUUGAAGAUUUUGACUUUGACGAGGAAACGGAGACCUAUUAUUAUCCUUGUCCAUGUGGAGAUCGAUUUCAGAUAACUAAGGAAGAAUUGGCUGUAGGAGAAGACACAGCUACUUGUCCAAGCUGUUCUCUUAUUGUCAAAGUUAUAUAUGAUCCAGAUGAUUUUGCUGUGUAUGAAGAAGAAAGUGUAACAUUACCCAAGGAGAAGCAACUUGCAACGAAUUAAGCACAACGUUGUAAAACCGUCAGAAUGGGUGGAAGAGGUCGUGGAGGUCGAGGCAGGGGGAGGGGCAUGACCUAUGAGCAGCUGGGAGUUCAGAAAGGAGAGGUCUUACCUGAGAGAGUUGUUGGGCCACCAGAAACUUACCCUCCACUUGAGUUCCGCCCGGUGCAGCCUGCACAAGAAAAAAACCUAGCCGAAUCCUACCUCUUAGUGGUGAAGAAAGAAUUCCGAGAACACAUGCAAAAUUCACAGUACUAUAUUCAUCCAGGAGUAAAGAGACCUGAUAUUGAAAGAUACUCAGAUAGAUAUCAGUUACUAGCAAGUCAUCGUGGGCAGUUGAAUAUAAACUGGUCUCGGUGUCCGAAGGAACUCAGUCAUUCUAGUACCACAGCAAAGAAGAGAAAAAGUUGGACUAAAAAGUCCGAUGUCAAAAAGGCAAAAGUGAAAGACCUAAAUGUAAGUGAGGCAUUAGAGGCACUACAGAAAAAGGAAGAAACACAGAGUAAGGAAGGGGUUGAAGAGGAAGGAGAAGAAGAGGGUAAACCUGAGGGUGAAGAGAUAGAGGAAUUAGAAGAGGAUGAUGAAGAGCUCGAUGAAGGUACAGAUUAUGUCAAUAAUUAUUUUGAUAAUGGUGAUAGUUAUAUUGAUGAAGAAGACGAUGCCCUUGAAGAAGGUGGUGUUUUUUAGUGCAUUUCAAAUAAAUAGAUUUUUGCUCAUAUGAACCAGUCAAUCAUCAAUAAUGUAUAUUUAUAAAGAGAUGUCCAAGUUUUGAAGAAAAAAAUCAUUGAUCCAUGGCAACUGGUAGGCCCUUUUCAUUUAAUUAUUUUCACUCCAAAACAAUUGAAAAUAUUUUUAAUCUUUUUCAUCUUAUUCUUUGCUUCUUAUUUGAGAAAUUGAUCAUCAUUUAGUGGAAUGAAAGAUAUAUUGCUACUAGAGUCUAUGACUAUAUGAUAGCACUGAAGGAAACUUUCUUGUAUUUAAUAAAACAUUUUUGAUAUGCAUAGAAAUGUGCUGAUUUUAUAUAUUUAUUGUCUUUAUAAGAUAAUCUUAAUAAUAAUGAAGUGUGAAA